AGGAUUAUUUUCACUUCAAACCAUCCAAAGGGUUUAACAGUCGCUCUUUUCUGUUUUGUAAAAGUUGCGGCAUUAUUGUGUUUGCAAAUCCAGGUGAAGAGUUUCAUGGCAGUCCAGUCUGUGAGACUUGUGACAGCCAACAUGUUGCUGAGUGUCUUCUUUCUGUCUGCCAAUGAGAAGCCAAGGAGCGACGGCAUCCAGCAGCACUGCUGUGUGAUUGGUGCAGAGGUGGAUUCUAGGGGAAUUUUUGAGAGGAAAAGUUGCCACAUGGUGCAAAGUGAAUCCAAGUGAAUAUAUAUAGUUGACAGAUUUGGGGACACCAGACGAGGAGUGUUCUGCCAUGUAUGCUGGUGGCCACUAGGGGAAUACGCUUCCCUAGGCUUUUAUGCGUCACACACACACACACACACACGUACACGCGCACACACACACACACACACACACACACACACACACACACACACACACACAAUGCUUGCCAUAUCAUCCUUAUAAGGUAUGCUCUCUGUUUAUACAUUAUAGGAAGUCGACUUGGUUUUAAAGUGUGACAGUUCAAAAGGGAAGUUGGUUUGUAAAACUUGAAUGAAUUUUAUUAUUUUCACUUCAAACCAUCCAAAGGGUUUAACAGUCGCUCUUUUCUGACGCGGGCUAUUUUGGUAAGAAAACAUCAUUUGCUUUGAUUCUUGUCUAUCUCAGAGUCGUUGUCUGUUACUGAACUCGGGACAUUGUGUCUGUGCAGAGCAGGAUGAAUGCUUUGUAAAAGUUGCGGCAUUAUUGUGUUUGCAAAUCCAGGUGAAGAGUUUCAUGGCAGUCCAGUCUGUGAGACUUGUGACAGCCAACAUGUUGCUGAGUGUCUUCUUUCUGUCUGGUGCUUACGCUGCUUGUGAUUAUGUGGCACACCUUUCAAUUACAACACCUCAGAAGAUGGAAGCACUGAGUGGAUCCUGUCUGCAUAUCCCAUGUACCUUCACUCCUGACGAAAGCUCAGGGACAUUUGACGGAACAAAACCAAUCUCUGGAAUGUGGAUAAAAAGUAACCCCUAUUUUGGCAGCACUCCAAAUAAUGUCAUUUUCGACAGCAGCAGGAGUGAUAAUAUCUAUCCAAUGAAUAUCACUGGAGACAUGCGUCAGAACAACUGCACCACUUUAUUUUCCAGUUUAAUCUCAAAUUACACGAACACAUACUUCUUCAGAAUUGAGAAUAAGCCAUAUAUGGCAACAGCUGUUUGUGAUCUUCUUCAAAUAAAAGUUAAAGAUUCUCCUCCGAGCCCCACAAUUGAGAUCUCAGGUGAUGUGAAAGAGAACGUGUCUGUCACUAUAAGCUGCUCCGCUGCAACUCCCUGUCCACACGACCCUCCUCAACUCACCUGGACUCUCCAACAAAACCCCGACAACAUAAUAAAGGAAAACGCAAAUCGGACCUUCACAACUAAAAUCCAGAAGACCUUCAUUCUGUCAGACCAACAUGAUGGAUUGAACAUCACCUGCUCUGCCAGUUAUCCUGUGAAUGAAGGGACAGAUCACAAGACAGCAGAGGAGACAAAGACUCUCAAUGUUUCAUAUGCUCCCAAGAACACCUCAACGUCCAUCAGUCCAUCCUCAGGUUGGGCAACAGACAGCAGGGUGAACCUGAGCUGCUCCAGCACAGCCAACCCUCCCGUCAGCAGCUUCACCUGGUUCAAGAAGAGCAACGAUGGAGCCGUCAGAGUGUCUGAAGGAAGAUGUUACAGCUUCAAUGUGACAGGUGGAGGGGUUUAUUACUGUGUGGCCACAAAUGGUCUCGGUAAUCAAACCUCUUCAGACAUCCAGCUCACUAUAGAAGGCAACUUUAGCUCUCAUCAAUUGUGGAAAAUUCUUGGAGUAUUCGUUGGGGUCAUCAUUCUCACCAUCCUGGUUGUCUGCGUUUGGCGUUUAAAGUCAACACGUCCAACUGCACUAAAGACUCAGAGUCAAACAGCUGAAGAGCUAGCUGUUCAAGAAUCAGCAACAGAAACAGAAGAAGACAUCCAUUACGGAGAGAUGGACUUCUCCAAGCGGAGACCUGAACAGCCCUCAGAGCAGGACGGUGCACAGCAGCAGGAAUCUCUGUACGCACAGGUCAAAGUGCCCGAGACAGCAAACCGCUCAACACCGACUGAUGACGAGGCGCUCUACGCCCAAGUGAAGAGGAAAUGAGUAUCGUCUUGUGAUCACAUUUAGGUUGGAUAAAUAAACUUACAUGUUUUACAAUCUAUGUCUUGAUGUAGAAAAAGACACUGGAGCAAGGGCGGGAAAUGUAAUCUUCACUGCCCAGUGAAAUAAAGGGGAACUUCAAACCUCCACAUCCUGCUGCUCAGAUACUUUUGCAAUGUACAGUUAUAACGUAAUCCGUAUGUGUUAACGACCGUAUAUGGUGUGAUACUGUGUGAUGUCCAUAUUAGUACAAAAGCUCUCAAUAGGGAACUUUUGUAAAUAACAUUAGAAUGACUUAAAGUGAACUUUACACCAGAAGUUCUGUACACACAUUAACGGGGAUUGCAUUUUAUUUUGAAAUGUUAGUGUUAUUUUGUUACAUUUUCUUCUGUUUCUUCUGUAUUUUGUAUCUCGCAUUUUAAUUACUUUAAUAAUGAACAUGAGACAGUUUCUGCAUUUGAAGAUAUUUAUUCAUUGCACUGUAAUAAAAACCCUGGCAUACAACUUCUUAAAAUA